GGGUACGCAGUCACCCCGCAAUGUCUGGUGAGUUAGGUCAGCCGCAGGAAGGCCCGUCGCAUUCUGGGCUCUAUAUGCCGAACCCUGAGGGAAAUGAGGCUGAGGUCCAGAAAAGUGUGAACCAAAGGGUCGGUGCCCCAAGGCGCAGGUCCUGGAUCCAAAACGUUCUUGAGCAAAUAACGGACUCACCUCGCCAGUGUAGCACCCCGUCGGAGGUGGUGCCUGUCGCUGUUUUGGCCGUCCAGAGGUACCUGUUAGAGGGUGAGCCACGCGACAUGGAACCUAAACCUCCGCUUUAUUGCUAUGAUGUGACGAUCUCGGACGGGGUGUUCCGUGAGAAGUGCUACCUGGACCCCAGCCUGAAUUUUCUCGUAUAUAAAAAUAUUCUCAAAGUUGGCAUAGAAGUGAAAAUUUCCAGAGUCUCGUGUAUUUACAACGAGAAAAGAUUAGGCCAGGGGAUCCUGUGCAUAGAUAACGUCCACUGUGGGGAGUCCCUGGACUCUAUUUCUUUAGAAAUUCCCUUCAGAAAUAGAGCGCACCGGGAAAUCCCGGAGAGGCCGUUAAGAGGCGGAAAGAGCCAUUACCUGGCCCUGUGGAAUAACGAAGAUCCAUAUGGAGAUAUCUGGUUAAGCAACAAGCAACCUGAAGAGCACAAUUUUAACAAUACCAGAAUAAUUUCCCUUUCUCACCUUGAAAUGACCUGGUCUAACAUAAGGAAUUUUCCUGCAUUGCUUGUGAGAAUCUUGCAUAAAUCAAAACUGCGAUACUAUGGAAAACCCAAUAAAAAGAUUAUUGAGCCAUACCAGACUUUUUUGGAAGUUGCUGACAGUUCAGGCACCGUGUCAGUGAUUAUGUGGAAUGCCCUGUGUCCUGAGUGGUAUAAAAGUUUGCACGUUGGUUUAGUUCUUCUGCUUCAAGAUUAUUCUAUUAAAAAGAGUCACCCCUUCAGGAUGCAGCCUCUCCCUGUGGAUCCACAGAUCAAACUAAUUUCUACAAUGGAAAUCUGCCUGAACCUUCGAAAUCCUCCAACUAAUAUAAUUAUCAUUCCAGAAAAGCAGGUGAAACCAGAAUGGAGAUUGCCAAAAUUAAACCACCGUUUUAUCACAAGAUCCGAACUGGAUGAUAUGCCAGAAAAUAGUAUCUGUGAUGUUAUUGGCAUUUUAGUUUUUGUAGGAAGAGUCCAGCGGUCAAAAAAGAAGGAAAGCCGUGAAGAUUUUUGGUCAUAUCGCUGGAUUCACAUUGCUGAUGGGACUUCCAAACAACCAUUUAUAGUGGAACUGUUUUCUACAUCUCAGCCAGAAGUCUUUGAAAAUAUUUACCCAAUGGCACAUUUCACAUGUACACAGUUGAAAGUUGUCAGAAAUGACACUCAAGUACCUGAACUGCUUUACCUUACUACUACAAAUGAGAGUCGCAUGUUUAUUACUGGUCAUAGAGGCCAGCCGUAUACUGAUGAUACCAAGGUAAAAAACUUUAUUCAGUGGAUUAAAACAAAGACCGAUUCUGGGGAAUUGAAGAACACUGUUAUUGGUGGAUAUUACCCCUAUCCACCAGUGCCAGAAACAUUUUCGAAGUAUAAUAUUUCUGUUAAAGUUGAGUUGUUCUUCACAGCUCUAAGUGAAGUGAGGAAGGAGAUUGAAGACUUGCAGUAUAGGGAACAAAAACGCAUUGCAAUUCAGGGGAUAAUUACUGUUAUAAAGUAUGUCCCCUAUAGCGGUGCAACUGAAAGUGCCUCAGCAUCUGAAACACUACGGAAUGCUAACCGACCCUCAACAUCCCAAGCAGCUAGAAGAGAUAGUCAAAGUCAAGAAAGAGAUGGAAAACCUCGAGAUAAUGGUCCUGUGAGUUCUCAGUGUUGUCAUACUACAUCUGCAAGUUUGAGCCCUCCCAAGAAAAAAAGAGCUCUACAAGGGCCAUGUGCCAAACAAAUUCCUGUGCCUCAGCCAGAAACUUCUGCACAAAGAAAAGGAAAUAAACCAGGCAUCCAACGUAUGUUCACAAGAACUGGUCGCAUAGGGAAAGCCAGAAAAACUAUAAGUGAUAAAUGGGAAAGUCAGAUGUGGAGAGAAAAGAAGUUCGGCUUAAUAGAUCACCUACGAUACAGCUGUAUUUAUCCUGAAAGUAUUCCACGGAGAUUUGUUUUAGAACACAGAAAUUUUCUUACUCAGCAGUAUAAUUCUCAGCCUGCAAAAUACAUACCACAAGAAGGAAAGCCCCCAGAUCUUUAUGAUUUUAAGAGUGCUCUAGUCCUUGGACAUUUUGAAGUAACCAUCUUAGGUCUGAAUCAUGAGAUAGCAAUCAGUGUUGCAUUCCUUCCCGAGUAUUCUCCGGAAGAUGUCCGAACAUCUCAAAUAGACACAUUAUUAACCUGCAUGAAUUACAGCUGUGUGUUUCCACAGGAAUUAACUGGCAAUGACAGAUUUCAAGGUCCAAAAGCAGUUACAGGUGAUAUUAUAAAAGCAGCAGCUGAAUUGGAUAAAGUGCAUAUCGUCGGUAUCUUGGAUAUCUGUAAUUUAGGUAAUGGUAAAACAGAAGUCUAUUUGCACAAAAUUUAUAGACCAGAUAAAACAUCUUAA